AUGCACCGCAUGGCUUUCUCUGUUAUCCGAUCAAGCCAAAGCCUAGUUAGACCAUGCGAACAGACUCCGAUCACCACCCUUGAUUUAUCGAAAAUCGACAGCUUGCCGGUCCUAAGAAGCAAUGCUCAAACACUGCAUGUUUAUAGACAUGGCGAAUAUCAUCAAGUAGCCAAAGUUUUAAAAGAAGGUUUGUCGAAAGCAUUGGUUCUAUAUUACCCUCUUGCAGGACGACUGAAAGAGUCUAGUAGCGUUGGUGGAGGUCAGCUUCAAGUUGAAUGCAGUGGACAAGGUGUGUGGUUUGUUGAGGCAUGUGCUAAUUGCCGACUUGAUGCUGUCAAUUACUUUGAUGAUACUGUUGCCUCCCUCUCCAACAAAUACGAUGAUCUUCUUCCCACUCAAUUUCCAGGAGCUGAAGAACUUGAACUCCUUAUACAAAUGCAGGUGACUGAAUUUGAAUGUGGCGGAUUCGUAGUUGGGAUCAAGUUCAGCCACAGCAUCUGUGACGGCUUAGGAUCUGCACAAUUUCUCAAUGCUGUUGGCGAGAUGGCAAGAGGCCACAAGCACCCAAGCACUAUGCCAGUAGUAUGGAGAAGAGACUUUGCAAAAAGAGAAUUCGAAUUCUUCACAGAAUCUCUACCCCAACAACAGCUAAACCUAAACACUACCACCACUACUACUAUAAUGCCAAACUACCAGCUACAGCAUGCUAACAUUGACAUAUACAUUGACCAAAUCAAUCACUUGAAGCGACAUAUUCAGGAAUCUACCGGCGGACGGAGUUGCUCUGCUUUCGAAGUUGUGGCUGCCGCUUUAUGGCUUUGCCGAACAAGGGCUGUGAUGGUAUCGGACUACUGGAAGCAAAACAAACAAGUCAAGCUGGUUUUCUUUGCUAAUUGCCGUCACCUUUUAGACCCUCCAUUGCCAGAAGGCUUCUACGGCAACUGUUUCUUCCCCGUCAAGGUAACAGCUUCUUGUGAAAGACUGGCACAUUCGUCACUCGCUGAUGUGGUGGAAAUCAUCCAAGAAGCCAAGGCUAAACUUCCAGAUGAGUUUUCCAGCUACAUUAAAGAGUGUUAUCAGAUUGAUGAGGACCCGUUUACGCCAGCUCUGAGUUAUGAAACGUUGUUUAUAUCCGAAUGGGGCAAACUUGGAUUCAACAAGGUCGAUUUCGGUUGGGGGUCACCAGAUCAUGUCAUCCCUAUACAAGCCUCUGCAAUCAUGCCGGCUGCCAUUGUAGGGAAUCCUCCUUUGCCAGAGAAAGGUAUCCGUCUAGUCACCUGGUGCGUGGAGGAGAUCCAUCGCCAAAACUUCAUAGAUAACAUGACGAAAAUGAUGGGGCUAUAUAAAGCUUUUCACCUCAAAUGA